AUGAAUAUUUAUGAAAGUUUUAAUAAUUGGUUCCUGCAAUGUUUAUGUAUACUUAGAGAUGCUAAAAAUUUUGAAAGAUUUAGUUACUUUUCCCAAGCAGUUAUAUACUUAGCUAUUUUAGAAAUAAAAGAUUUACUUAAAACCUUGUCCAAUACAAUAGUUAGUAAUUCAAAGAAAGGACAAGAUCAUGAAAAAGAAGAAAUCAUAAAUAAUUUAAAUCAAAAAAAUGGAAUCAGCGAAGAAAAUAGAGAAACGUGGAAUUUGCAGGAAAAAGAAAAAUUUUUUAAUUUCAUAUCAAAAUUAUUUCUUAUGAAUUUUCCAUUAUAUCAAGCUUAUAAACUUGGCUGUCACACAAAAUCCGAUGAUUUGUCUCAAUUAGAAUCUUCUAGUAUAAAUGUUUUUUGUGAAAUUGCCGAUAUGGAAGUACCAUAUUUUUUAAUUAAAAAUGUCUCUUUAUUUUGUAAAUGUGGAGGAUUUCAAUUAAUAACAAAAUGUUUCGAAGAUCAAACAUCAGAAAGUUUAUCAGUUUCACUAGCACAUUCUCUUACUGCUAUAGUUUGCAAUGUUAAACUCUGGCUAAACACUCGUUCAAUUAUGACUUUAUUCGUUCCUGUUAGGUCCUGUAUACUUAAAUACAUGUGUAGUCUUCAGGAUAAAGAUCUCCGUCUACCUGGUAUUAAAAACACAGCUGAAUAUAUGUGGAAUGCGAUUAAAGAACCGUUCGAUUCUCCCACAUUUGAUAAAGAUGGAUUAGAAUUGGCUUUUAAAUAUUUCAAUAGUUCAACAUUAACAAUGAGGCUUGCUGGAAUUGCUCAAAUUAAUAGUUACAUUACUGUUUUUAAUGAAUUAUGUAAUAACGAAAAUAUGAUUGAAGUAGAAUCAGUUGGGCAGAACUUAGCAGACUGGCUAAUCGAAGUACAAAUAAUUUCACAUAUUUUUGGUCCAAAUUUGCAUAUAGAGGUUAUAAAACAAAGCCAUAUUAUUUUAAACUUUUUAGCCAUGGAAUGCAAAAUAACAAAUGAACAUAUAGAUAUUAUUUGGCAAGCAGCUCAGCUUAAACAUUGCAGCAAACAAGUUCAUGAUUUAUUACCUCCUUUUAUUAACAAUUUGGAAACUGGUCCCGUUUUGUAUUUAUACAAUUUGCUUUGUAAAUUAGAACCGAAGGAUCACACUGAGCAAAGUUUGUUUUUGGCAUCUGCUUUAAUUAAAUUUAUCUGGACGAGUGGAGGAACUUAUCAUACUCCGAACGAACUUCCUUUUUUAAAUUUGAAUAAAAUUGCUCUUUCUGGAAUUAAAAGUCAUAGUCACGAUUUAACGAGCAGUGAAAAUUCUGUUAGCCUUGAAGCAAGCGCAACCGAAGAUGAAAAUAUUGAUAGUAGUCAACACAGCGAGGCUCUUAAAUCACCCAGCGAUGAAAGUGAAGGCCCGAUACCCUGUAAAAAGAAAAGGAGUCAUUUUCGAGAAGAUCAAAUUCAUAGAUCUGAACAUUCUUCUGAAGAAAGCUUAAAAGUCGGAAAUGCUAAUGAAGGUGAUGACAACGCAAUUGAAGAAAUAGAUAAUGAUAAUAAUGAAGAAGGAGACAUUGAUGAUGCUGAAAUUGAAGCUGGGAAUGGGGAAAAUGAUGAUGGUGGUGAUGAUGAUGAUGAUGAUAAUAAUAUAAAUGAUAAUAAUGAGGAAGAUGAUGAUGAUGGAGAUAAUGAUGGUAAUGGUAAUGGAGAUGAUGAUGAUGAUGAAGAUGAUGAAGAUGAUAACGGUGAAGAUGAUGAUGAUGAUGAUGAUGAUGACGACGAUGAUGAUGACGAUGACGAUGAUGAUGAUGACGAUGACGAUGAUGAUGACGAUGACGAGGAAGAUGAUGAUGAUGAUGAUGAUGAUGAUGAUAAUCCGAAUGAUGACGAAGAUGAAGAUAAUGAGCAGGAUGAAAAUCAUGAUUUCAAAGGCAGUAAAAAAAUAAAAAAGCAACCUUUUUCUGCGCAUGCUCAUUCUUUACCACGUCAACGGUUAUUUAAAAAGGGAAAAAUUACAAAAUCUAAUCGUCUCAACGUCUUGUAUAAAAAAAGUCCUUCUCAAGUCAAUUCAUUAAAAACUAAUACGUUACUAAAAGAAGUUUCACUAUCUCUAUGGAAAAAAUAUAUUACCAAGAGAAAAAUUUCAAAAAGAAAAAAUGGAGAAGCUAGUAGAAAAGAAUUAAAAGAAUCUUUAAAAUGUAACGUAGGAGGACAUCGAAAAAAACAUAAAAAAGAAAAUAAUGGUAGAACUGAAAGCGAAGAUGAUGCCGACGGUGAAAAAUCUGGCAACGAAGAUUCAAGUUUAAAAUUAAAAAAAAAAGUAUUUAAAAAAAGAAAAUUUUCUGAUUCUGUUUAUUCGGAGCUUUCUGGAAAUUCUUCUGUGAAAUAUUUAGAAGAGGAUGCAGAUACUGAAGAGUCUGAAUCAGAUUUAAAAGGAGCGAAAGAAAAUUCAAAAUCGAAAAAACAAGAAAUAUCAAAAUGUUUUAAAAGCAAAAGUAAAGUCAAUAAAGAACAAUUAUUAGAAAAAAGUUCAAACGAAUCUAAAAAUCGUGGGAUAAUAAGUUUACCUUGUUCAGUAGGUUCAAAUGGAGUUAUGAAUGAAUUAUCUGGUUUAAUAAGAGGAGACGAAAUUCACGAUUGCCCUUCGUUUCUUCUUGAUGUUCAUCAAGGAAGAGAUGUCGAAGAAAUGAGUUUAGAAGAGGGAGGUAGUUAUUCAUCUCGAAUUAGUAAUAAAUCGGAAAAAAAUAUGGCGGAUUUCGAAGAAGAUUCCGGUUGCGAAGAAGAAGAAUUGGCUCAACUUGCUGCUAAAGAAAUACAGUUAAAUAAUUUGGCAUAUCAUUCAAUGAAAGUUCCCUGUAGAUCAGGGUUUUCCAGAAUUAAUACUCAUUUCAAAAUCGAUGAUGUCUGUCGUCCUGGAAAUACAUUAUUAUGGGAUUUACUUCAGGAUGAUAAAAUAGAACAAUUAGGUGAAGUUUUAGCGGCCGAAGCUGAAAAAAUUCUUUCAAAUUUAUUGUGUUACAAUACUGAAAGACUUAUCAGAAUGAAAUUUAUUGAAGGGUGCCUUGAAAAUCUUUCUAUGAAUUGGUCCGUCGUCGUGUCUCUUCGACUCCUUCCAAAACUUUUCGUGUCAUUCCAGGAAUUUCGAGGAACCAAUACUCAUUCGAUAACUACGUGGGCUGAACAUAAGCUGCACAUGAUGAAACAUUUUUUUAACAAUCUACAAGUUUAUUCAUUAGAGGGACCAAAAUUUUAUUCUCAUCAGACUGAGAUAAAUGUUCGACUUCAAUUUUUAUCUUCCGUAUUUUCACCAUUAGGUUCUCCAGAUUGUUUUAGGUUAAGUUUAAAUCAAGUAGAUACACUUUGGUCAUGUUUGGCUACCGAUCCUCAAUGUUCGGACGAGUUAUUUAGUUGGUUAUUGAAUAAUGCGAGAAGCAAAGGUCAACAGCAUGCUUUGGGUAUCGAUGCCCUUAAAUAUUUAUAUAUGAAAAAGUUACCAUCUUUACCACCUGAAACAAUGAGCAUCGUGGGCUUGACUCUUUUUCAACAAUUGCAUAAUUUAGCUAGAUUUGCAUUUUCUCACUCGGAUUCUAAUUUCGUACGGGACGUCGAUUUGGUCGGCAUGGACUAUUUAUGGAAAGUCGCAUUAAAAGCAAAUAAAACUGAUAUAAGCAUGUCAGCCAUUCAGUACAUAAAUCAGUAUUAUAUGAGUAGGAAUUUGGAAUACGAAAAAGAAUUUAUUUCGCAAUGCAUGAGUUAUUUAGCGUCGGCUUCACUUGAAUUGGGAACAGCCGAAGAAUCGAGUUUGUUGUGCAUUCAAAGAGCUUUGGUACUACUUAAAACUCACUUGGAAACAUUUAAAAAAAGAUACGCUUAUCAUCUUCGCCGAUGGAUGUUGGAAGGGAAAUGCGUUGGAAGUCACGUGCAAAUAAUGAGUGGAGAAAGAGGUUGCGUACCAAUACGGGUGAUUGUUCAACCUGCAGGCCUGACUGAAAAAGUAACAUUAGAACUUUUAAGCAGUGAUUAUGUUGCUGAAUUAAGAGCAGAGGUUGCCAAGUGGUGGGAAAACAUACCCGUGAACAAAGAUAUCGUGUCACUUAGUAAUCUUCUCAGUGAUGGACCCAUACGAAUGAUUACACAGGGUCAAGAGCUAACCACUGAACUUGACGAAAAAACAUUACAAGAAAUGAUGUUCAAAGAUUCUCAGUUGGUUUAUUUGUCGGUUGGAGCUUCAAGACCUCAAAAAAUUAGAGAUUCUUCCGAUUCACCAUCAACUCUUCCCCCUCCGUCACGGGAAAAUCUUCCCACUCUUCUUUUAUUACAACAACAGUACUUUGAACAAUUGUUUCACCUAAUGCAAACUUUAAGUGCAAUGAAAACUACAGUCAAAGGAGGCCAUCAAAUUCCACACACCAAAGCCCAGGUAUUAUCAAGAAGAGUUUGGGACAUUCUCACGCUGUUGCCUACAAGUCCAAAACUUUUAGAAGGAUUUCAAAAUUUAGAAAAUUCUAGCGAUGUGACGUUGCAAGAAUUAUUAGAUCCAUCAACUCCUCAAAAGCUCAUGUACUCGUUAUAUAUAGUAGAAUCUUUAUGCAGGGCUUCUAAUCAGAAAAAGCACAAGAUGACUCGAGUCGAUGAAAAAGAAAAUAAUGUAAACAAACCUUGGAGUGAAAUAUUUAUAAAACAAGGAGGUUUGAGACAUCUUUUUGACAUAUUUAUGUCUGGUACUCUUCAAAGAAUAGAUGGUAGCGAAUGGCAACAAGAUUGUUUGGCUUCACUUUUGAAACUACUGUGUCAGUUGGGUAUGGUUCAAGGUGACAGUAGAACUGAAUCCGGUGAAAAUGACAACACGCCUAGAAAUAAACAAAAAAGAAUAAAAAAAAGUAAUUUAGAAAAACCAAUUUCUCAACUUAACGAAGCCAUGUUGCAAAUGUUAAAUGUUGAUGGAGUCAUGACGAGGCUUACCAGCAUUUUAUACGAUGCGUCUCUUCCUCGAGACCCCAAUCAUUACAAAACUGGAUUCUGGGGUCGUGCUCAGGUAGUUCAUUACGCAAUGUCACUUCUCGUUUCAUGGAUGCAUUCAGGAAAUUCAGUUCGAGAAAGACUUUUUAAUUCUUCUAAUUUAUCUCUAUGGUUGAAACGUUUGGUAUUAGAAGAUCCCGAACCUGCCGUCAGAAGAGAGGUUUGCACUGCCUUAUAUCGAUUAUGUCUGUGUACGACGGGUUGUGCAGAUUCAAGUGACACGUCAUUUUCUCUCGUCACUCCGAUGCUGACGAAACUCCUUGAAUUCUUGUCCAUUGCCGAAAGUAUGGGUCCCCAAAAAUAUGAGACUCCACUUCAUCAGUCGGUUGAAGAUGGCAAAGAGCCGUAUGGGCCAGCAUGCAGAGAUUAUUUCUGGUUGCUUUGUCGUUUAGUGGACAGUUUAUCUUCAGAUUUAAUUAAAGGAUGUUUGUUAGACAUAGAUGCGUUGGCGCGGUUGCUUGCAAAUUCCAUCAUAACGAGAGAUUAUUUAGAAAGCAGGCAUAAUACAGUUGAAGAUAGUGGCCUUAUCGGAUUACUAAAUUUAGAGACAAAUGUCGUCAAACAUUUUCCUCCUUUUAAAACGAGUAAAGAAGGCCAAGAUUUUUUAAUUCAGCUAUUUGAAUUUCUAUUCGCUUUACCAAAUCCAAAGAAAAGGUAUUUGCCUAAAUGUAAAUCUCAAUUGGCUCGAUCUUCUACAUAUGAUUUGAUGGUAGAAAUGGUUCGAAGCGCUCCUGAAAAUUAUUUAAUUCUUCAUGAAAAAGUUCUUCGACAAAACCAACAAGGACCUCAUUAUCUUUAUCCCUGGGAUUAUUGGCCUCACGAAGAUGUCAGAUCUGAUUGCGGAUAUGUCGGAUUAACAAAUUUAGGAGCGACGUGUUACAUGGCAUCUUGCAUGCAACAUUUAUACAUGAUGCCUCAAGCGAGAUCUUCCAUAUUAGACGCAAAAUGUGAUUCCGGGAGCAAACACGAAGAAACCCUUAAAGAACUUCAAAGAAUGUUUGCCUAUUUAUUGGAAAGCGAAAGAAAAGCGUACAAUCCGAGAAGUUUUUGUAAAGUUUACACAAUGGAUCACCAGCCGCUGAAUACGGGAGAGCAAAAAGACAUGGCCGAAUUCUUUAUCGAUUUAGUUUCGAAAUUAGAAGAAAUGACACCGGAAUUGAAAAAAUUAGUUAAAACUUUAUUCGGGGGAGUGAUUAGCAACAAUGUUGUAUCAUUGGACUGUGAUCACGUUAGUCGAACGCUCGAAGAAUUUUACACGGUGAGAUGUCAGGUGACCGAUAUGAGAAAUAUAUACGAAUCAUUAGACGAAGUAACCGUUAAGGAUACGUUGGAGGGUGAUAACAUGUAUACUUGUUCGCAAUGUGGAAAGAAAGUUAGAGCGGAAAAAAGGGCGUGUUUUAAAAAACUACCUCACAUUUUAUGUUUUAACACAAUGAGAUAUACAUUUAACAUGAUAACGAUGUUGAAGGAAAAAGUCAAUACUCUAUUUUCAUUUCCGUUGAGACUCGACAUGUCGGGUUACGUUGAAAAACAUUUAAUGCCUCAAUAUUAUCAAGAGCAAAGAAUGAAAUCUCAACUGAGUAGUAAAUCGGAUGAAUUAUCGGAUACCGAUGACUUUAACGAAAGAUACGAGUACGACUUGAUCGGCGUCACGGUUCAUACCGGAACAGCAGAUGGCGGACAUUAUUAUAGUUUUAUCAGAGAUCGAACUGCUCUCAAUAGAGACAAAUGGUUUUUAUUUAACGAUGCCGAAGUGAAGCCAUUCGAUCCUAAUCAGUUGGCGGCUGAAUGUUUCGGAGGUGAAAUGACAAGCAAAACUUACGAUUCCGUCAACGAUAAGUUUAUGGAUUUCAGUUUUGAAAAGACAAAUAGUGCUUAUAUGCUUUUUUAUGAAUGGUGUAGUGAUUCUGUUGAGCAAAGAUGUUCAAAAGAUGAAAGUUUCGAUGGAAACGAAAUGGAACAGUCAAGUAGUAAAGAAAUGACGGAGCAAAAAACGGUCGUUUUACCACAGUUCGAAUUGAAUAAAGAUUUAGAAGAAUGGAUUUGGAGGGAUAACAUGCAUUUUCUAAGAGAUAAAAAUAUAUUCGAACACACUUAUUUCAAUUUCAUGUGGCAAAUAUGCGGACAAAUUCCUCAAACGUUGGUCAGUCAAAGUUCAGACAUCACAAAACUAGCAGCUGAGCUUUCAACUUCUUUUUUUUUAGAAACUUACAUACAUGCCAAAGAAAAACCUAUGAUGGUUCAGUGGGUCGAAUUGGUUACCAAACAAUUUGUAUCCAGUCGAGCUGCUUGCGAAUGGUUUUUAGAACACAUGUCUAGAAACGAUUGGUGGCCCGUUCAAAUUUUAAUUAAAUGUCCAAAUCAAAUGAUUCGGCAAAUGUUUCAAAGAUUAUGCAUUCACGUCAUACAACAAUUAAAGCAAAGUCACGUUUCGUUAUAUUUAAAGUCUGAUUCAGAAGAUGAAGGUACUGAAGAUUCAGAUGUAGAAAAAUUAGGAACUCAUUCUUGCGUUACUCUUUUUGUUAAAAAAUUAUUAUUAUUGCUUGACCAUGGAACGACAAAAGCUCAUUUAAAACAUUUGACUGAAUAUUUUGUUUUCUUGUACGAAUUUAGCAAAAUGGGUGAAAUAGAAUCUCAGUUUUUAAUUUCAGUUCAAGCCAUAUCGAAAAUGGUUAAUUUUUACCUCGGGCAAAAAACAACGGAUUUUGUUGAAAUUUUAAGCGAAGAAGAAGAUGAAGAAGAUGCUUUACCACCUUCCGCCGACAGAUACAAACCAGCAUCUUUAGAAAAAAUGAUUACGCUCAUUGCGACUCUUGUAGAGAAAUCCAGGGGUCCAGACAAACGUUUGGAAUUGACUCAAAUGGACAUGAAUGCCAUCGCGGGCGGCAAAUGGUUUCCCUUCAUUUAUCAACAAACCAAAGAUGCCAUUAAUUUAAAUCAAACUAGAAAUUUAAUUUUUGCCUUAUGUCAAUAUAACGAUCGAUUAGCGCAAAUGAUAGUAACCAUGAUUUUUCAAACAAUAGCGAGGCAUACGGAAAUAAGUCAGCCAUUUUUAAAACUUUUAACACUUUUAACGGAUCCGACGAGCGUGCCUAGCACGUACAGUACUCUGGAAGGAAUGCCUUGUUUUUCUCAAUUAGUGUUACAGGGGAUUUGGGAUGUUGCCGAAAUAUGUCCGAUACCGGUUUUAGAUUGGUUAGCGGUUCAAGUAUCUCGAAAUCCUUUGGCUCAUAGCCUUGUCUUACAAAAUUUAGAUCAAUGGGUUGAACCGUACCUAAUGCAAAGCUGCAAUCAAAGAGUGAGAACGGCUGCCGCUUAUUUGUUAGUUUCACUGGUACCUAAUGCACAUUUUCGACAAUGCUAUAGAUCGGCGAGAGGAUUAAUGCACCCGAGGGAAUUGCUCAUGAAUCAAGAAGCUCAAACGGUCCUUCACGAAAUUUACAUGUUAUUACUUAGAAAAUUGAAAGCAGCCAAAAAGUAUUCGGACGUGCAAGACUACGGUCCGACAAAAUUAACAGCUUAUUUUACUUUACUUCUUUAUUUCUGUCCUACUAAAACUGAAAAAUUGAUGUUCGGACCAUUUUUUAUGGAUUUAUGGAAUUUAUUCCUCCCAAACUUAUCGGAACCUUCAAUAUCGGUACAUUAUAACAAGCAAGCGUUAUUGUCCUUUUGGCAUCAUGUUUGCGUUGAUUGUCCGGAAAAUGUUAAUCUCAUACUUAGUAAUCCCGUCGUCACAAAAAAUAUCGCUUUUAAUUACAUUCUGGCUGAUCAUGAAGAUCAAGAAAUAGUUAUGUUUAAUAGAGCAAUGCUUCCAGCUUAUUAUGGAAUUCUUAGACUUUGCUGUCAGCAAUCUAGACAAUUCACCAAACACUUGGCCAAUCAUCAAAAUUUAAAUUGGGCAUUUAAAAACAUAACUCCUUAUCCUAAUCAAUAUCCGGCGGCCGUCGAAGAAUUAUUUAAAUUAAUGCAAAUAUUCGCGACCAAACAUCCGGAUAUGAACGAACAAGAAGUAAAUGAAAUUAUUUCUUUUAGAAAAUCAACAAUGCAAUUGUAUUUGGAGAAUAUAGAUCCGAGAACGUCUUGGGUGACAUUAAUUUCAGCUUUUAGAAUUCUAGUCGAAUCAGAAGAAGAAAAAUUAUUUGUUGUAUAUAAUAACGGAUUGCAAGUCCUUUUCGAAUCGUUUCAAACACUUCACACGAUAUAUCACGAAAGCGCAGCUUGCCACGUCGGUACCGAACUCAUGGAACUUUUAGGCGUAAUUUCUGGAAUUUUGAAAACUUUAACCAAUUCGCAAUCCACCGGUAACGAAAAAGAUUCUAAAACCGUUAUUAUGAAUUGCAAAGAUUGGGUAGACGUUGUUAGAAAACUGGCAACGUUGCAAAAUUCAUACAAUCCUUCAGAAAUGAGAAAUUUGGCUUUAGAUUUACUAAAAGAAAUUCUCGUACUUAUACCAAAAGAAGUCAUUCAAAUUCUCACUCCUCUUCUUUCUCACUGCCAUUCAGCCUUUCAAGAGAGUAGCACGUCAGCCGCACUACCCAUGGGACCUUAUUUUCCACGGAAAGGCAUCAAACCCCCGGGAUUUAGUAUUAAAGCUCCGAGGAGGCCGAUGGUUCAAAUGGCCGUACCAAACACUCAAAUCGAACCGAAGGGUCAAAACGAAGAUUACGACGAAGAUUUAUUAAAUUAUUUUGCACCUUAUCACGGUUUUAUUGACGUCAUGUGUCGUUUAGCCAUUAAUAAUAAUUGCAUGUCGGAGGCUUUGAUUCAAUUAAGUGCAAUUGUCGGAUUCGAAGGUGUUCCCUUACACCUGACAUAUUUUCCUAAAUUUUGGUUGGAUAUAUACGCGACUCCGCAAUUGGAUAAAAAACACAUUUCGAUACUUUUAAGUAACAAUUUUUUUAUCGACUACAUAGAAACUAUUUUAUUAGAUGAAAGAACGUGUUUGAAUGUUCCAAUUAUAUACAAGUUCCUUUAUACUUUUUUUCCAAAGGUAGCGUCUAGGGUUUUAUCCGAUAACACGUGUCAAAUAGUUGACAAUUUAGUGACUUCCCUCAAUCAAAAAGUUCAACAAAUGGACGUACUGUCAAUGGCUUACAGGUUAAAUGCGGAUUUAAGAGCUCUAGAAUUGGUUUAUUCGAACGUCGAAGUUCCCAUCGCUCCCCCUGAUAAUUUAAUACAAACCCUUUUGUGUUUGGUAGAAAAAGUUCGAACGGCUCAAAGUUCUCCGAAUCAAGAUAAAACCUGUGUGAAAAUAUUAAAACCUGAAAAUGUUGGAGACGCGGAUAAGGAAAAAAACAACGGUCUCGCGAAAGAUUCGAAAACGAAUCCUGUUCCAUCCGAUUCGAAAAUAAGGUUGGGUGAUGUCGACGAUGAGUCCAACGUCGACGGGGAAAAUAAUUGUAAAAAUUGCGAAAUGAUCGAUACGACGAAUCAGGUAUCGGUCGAAGAAAAAAAAUUAAUUGGAAUGGAUUCGUUGGACGUAACGGUUUUUUCCGUAUCACCAUCGCACGUGGAUUGGUUAUCGGCUUUGGAAAAUACAAUAACACCUCAAAUAAUAAUCAAAUGUUUUUUUUUUUAUUAA